AUGAAAUCAAAUUUUUUUAAAAAUAUUAAUGAAAAUCAAGAGAGUUGCAUCAUUGAUAAUGAAAAUUUAAUUCCGAAGUUUUAUUCACCAGAUAGUAGUUAUCAAACUAACCAGAACAAAUUUAACAAUAACAAUAAACAUUUAGGAAGACGCUUUAAAAAGAUUCAUAAUUCAAAGUUUGAUUUUCGGUAUCAGGCAUCACAUUCGGAAUUUGACACAAGCACAGCACCGCUCAAUAUAAUAAACGACGUUACAACCGAAUACGACCAUCAUGGGAUAAAACAAGGAAGGGAAAUCUCGGGAAAAGAUUCUAUACAACCAUCUUCUCUUUACAUGUCAAAUAAAGAAGAUAAUGUAUUUGAUUAUAAUAUUCCGAACAAUCAAUUGCCAUUCCUUCUGGGCAAUAUUUUAGAUUUGAAAUCACAAAUGAAACAAUUAAAAUCGUCACCUUACGAUAAACAAACAAGAGACGUCUCAACUUUCAAGAUUCCACUCUCCGAAAGGACAAAUUCCGAUGAUAGUUUACAUGCCAGGGUAGUUCCAGAUUUUAAUUAUCCUAGCGAACAAUCAUUUAAACCAUAUAUUGAAAAUCCUGAAACAGGUCAUUACUACAAUAUGAAUUUGGAUUAUGAAGAUAAUAAUAGUGAUUUUUUCCCAGAAAGAAAUAGAAAAAUUACUGACUUCGAUGACUAUUCAUCUACACCAAGUAUUGGUUCCCCUGAAAGAUCGAUUCAAGAACAAACUGGUCAGAGAUCAUUAAUAAUAAAAUAUCUUAAGGAUAGAUUAAGAAUUCGUCAUCUAAGAAAUGAUUCUGAAUAUUCAUUAGUAUCGACUGCUUCUAGAAGGAGAAGACAUAGACGUCAAUUGAGAAUGUAUACACAUCAUAUGAAGAAGAAAAUUAAACACUCAUUUUCCCAUAUUAGAAAAAGAUAA